AUGCAGCUAUUUUUGUGCAUACUUUUCUUGCUUGUGAGACUCAGCAUUGGCCGACACCAUCACCAUCACCAUGCCCAGGCUACUGCACAAGACGUGACUGAUACGUCUACCGUAACCCCGCUGGGGGACCCGCGAAAAUUGGCGCGAAUAAUGCCGUCGAAGGAAGCCGUCGAAUCAAUCGGCAUCCGCUUCAUCGAUGCCUUGAUCAAGAAAGGGCAAAUGGAGAUGGCCAAAGGAGCGUUUCGUACACAGCUCGAAGUGCUUGAGAAGGUUCACCCCGAACAGUACGACAAAUACAAAAAUAUGAAAGUCGAGGACCUGGCGGCAGACGCCGUGAUGCAACAGCCAAAAACCGGAAACGCUUUCAUCGACAUGCUCCAUCAGAAUGGGAUACCGAUUGGAUCGUCGAUUAAAGGCGUCGAACAGGCAUUGAAAACCCAAAAAGAAAUCGAAAACAACGACCCCAGCGAACAGAUCGCCAAGGCCGUUUUCGACAAGUUUCGACAGCAAAUCUUGCCCGGCCUCGUCGCCAAUAUUAUUUCGGGGCGGAAUCCGUUCCGAAUGCCGAACGGUGGACGGCAGAUGCAGGCGAUGCCCGAGAUUAUUCGUCAACAGGCACUGGCCGCCAAUGCGGUAGAAGAAGGUGAAGCUCCGCAAAUAGUUAGAAGAAGACCGCAGCAGUUUUAUGUGGAACCAGAAGAGCCAUCACCUCGUCGCGGGCCAGAUGACCUGGAAGCACGCCUCAGAAGUAGCCCGCGAUUAGCAGCGCUACUGGAGAACCCGGACAUCCGCUCGGCACUUGACGGGCGGCGAUUCUCGCGUCGGAUGGCCGAUGAGGAACCGUUGGGUCGAUCUCUCUCCGAUCGUCUAGUCAGCGACCGAAAUCUGCUGGAGGAAUUUGGGUCACGGUCGGCGCUGGCGCUCGGUAUCAAUGAGAUGAUGACGGACAGUGAGGAGGAGGAGGAGCAAGAGGAACAGAAUACGGUACGCCGAGCUCCGCUGAAGCUCCCACGCGCAUUCGUGAAUCGUUUGUCUGAAAACCCUGAAAUUGCUGCCGCCCUAGAGCAUCUAAAUAUCCGCGUUGACGACGUGGACGAGCUGCUACAGCCCAAAGCGCGUAUGAUCAACCCUCAUCCGCAGCCCGGGUUCCUGGUGCCGCGCAAGAUCCCGCAGAGACCCCGGAAAAUGAUCCCGAUCCUCGUGGGUGUGCCGGAGAUCGAUAACUCGGUCCUCACACCUUUUGGAGAAAUUCGGAGAUCUCCUGAAAAAAUCCAGUUCAAGCCAGUCGUCGAAGAACGGUCGCGAACAAUCGAGAAUCUGCGCAAUAACCCGAAUAUCGCGCCGCUUUUCCUUCACACGGAUCUGGAGCGGAAGCUGAGGGGAAGACAAAUGCUGACCCCGGAGCAAAAAGGGCAAUAUGCGGGCGCUGCCCGUCGCAUCCAUCCGAGAAUGCUGGGCGCCAAGACGCAGACACUGAACAGUUUGGAUCGUCAGGUUGAACAGCUAAUCGAAGAGCGACCUGUCCCCCCAAUGGUUUGGAUCCCGAAAGGACGACACACGAGGUUACGGUGGACCGGGGCCACCGAGCGCGAGAUCCCAGGGCUCGGCACUAGGCUCAUCUUCCCCUCGCUUGACCCGACCGCCCCGGCCAUCAACACGGCCCUAUCGACGCAAGGAAGAGCCAGGGAAGAGUGGGACACGACAUUCAAGGUCCCAAACAACUGGAACCCCGGCGAUGAGGUCGGCUUCAGCGUCAAGCAGAAAAGCGAACGGUUCAUGGGCGGCACCGGCAACUUUGAUAUGCCGGCGGCUAAUCUC